UGAGUGGCGUCAGUUAGCGUGGGUACGCGUUGCUGCCGGUGUUUUCGCAGUGUGUGAAGGUAUUUAUUGCCGAAUUAGUGAUUAUAUCUAUUGCUGAAGAUGCUUUAACGGUUUCAAAAUAUAAUUAGACAUCAAAAUUCGUAAAAUGUGACGAAAAAUCACAAUUGUGGCAAUUGUUGAAUCCGGCCGGUGUGAGCCCACGCUUGGGUAGCUUCUUUGUCUCAGUCGUUGCAACCGGCCGGCGGGAGCUCAUCUUUGAGUGGCUUUUGUGUGGUAAUUAUUGUGUGUUUUUAAUAUUUUAUGGAUAUAUGACUAUUUCUGUUGAUCAAUAAUAAUAAUUGGACGUAUUGAAGUAAUAGUCUGAUAUGAAUAUCAGUAAAAAAUGAUGAGCAUCAUGUUUUGUGUUAGUGACUCUCUUUUGCGUUCUCAAACGCAUCGAAUUUUUCUUGUGCGUAAUAUCAGUGGUUUCUCAGUUUUAUUUUAAUUUCAGUUCUCUAUGAACGAGUGUUUCAAUGUAAAUAGCAGUGAGAUGUGAUUGUGAUUGUUUUGUGUUAUCCUCGACUGCGAAACUCAAGUGGGUACGUGCAGGAUGUUUGUUUUCUUCUGGUAGUUCGCCGCGAGUCUUCAGUCCUGUUGGUGGCAAGUUGCUGGUUUUAUCAUUUCUCGUGUAUUCAGAGGUUUCAAUUUGUUGAAGAAUUUUUUCCAUUUCUUCCAAAGUAAAUUUUUUUUUACUUUCUCUUUUGGUUAAACAAAUCAAACAGAAUAAUUUGGAACAAUUGCUUUUUUUGGACUUAGUGACUUUCUUUGGAGAAUAUUUUCUAGUACGUGGUGCAGUGAAAUCAGUCCGUUACUGAUAAUAAAUUCAACUGAAACAUUAACCAAUUAACGACAUUUUACAAAGUCUUGUCAUGACUGUUGCUGCUGAAUUACAGUUUGAUUUCAUUGUUACUAACAAUCCACUUUCCAAUUACUUAUCAACAACAGUUCUAUAGAAAUAUCGGAGGAAUAUCAAACUAAAGUGUGCCUGUGUGUGUGUGUGUGUGUGUGGGGCAGGGGGGGUUUGUGUUGUCAUCGGUUUCGAUUAAUACCAGUGUUUUGAAAAGUUCAGAACGGUGAGUUAUCCAGUGUGUUGGUGUGUGCUGUGUAUUUGUGUAUUCUACCAAGUUGAUAGAGCAGCUGCCUUCCAUCGAGACCUGUUUUGCCGGCGUCGUCUGCACGAGUGGCAUCUCCUGAGGAAGUGUUGAACUAGAAAAAUUGAUCCAGAAUGCAGAUCAACACUGCUGCAGGACUGAACGAGGUGCAGCAUGAUGCGAUGGGACUACUCCAGGUGGAAUUGCUGAAGGCAAUGGAAUGAAAAGUGAGAUAUCUGCAAUUACGGAUGCACUGGAGGCUAUACUUCAUUCGGACACACCCACAGGGGGUACAUCAUCCUGACUGUGAAAUGGAGAGCGCACGGAGAGCCUGAGCCACUAGGACGAAAGAUGGACGACUGGUGUCAAGGGAGCGAUGGAUAUGGAAGUGGAACUGUGUUGGAGUGAGCCACGAGUGUGUAGAAAUUUUCGCAAGCUGCCCGAGCGGAAAUUGGGGAUACAGCUGGGAAUAGCAAUAAUAGCAUCAGAAUGUCCCAAUCGCGUGCAUUUCAAGUACGAUGACGCGGAAAAGUUGGCUGCGGACCAGGCGAAAGGGGUGCGAUUCCGCUGGAUGGAGUCGUCCUCACCGUCAGCGAUUCACGAUAAGUUGUCGCAUUAUCUACUCGAUGUUAAUAGCAGCAUGGAUGACGCUGCAAGAGGGUAGCGGAGGGGAGUGUCCGGCAUCGGAAAAAAUGCCCGGGUGUCCUUGUUAUAAUUUCGAGGACGGCCUGUUUUUGGAGUGUCCUGGAGCCACUGAGGACUCACUGAAGACAGCACUUGCUAAUGUCAUCAGUGCUGCCAAGUCGAAAGAAGUGGUCGUUCAAUCACUGAGUGUCUACGAGCUGGAUCGAAAAGUAGAAGAGCUCAAGGCAACGAUGUUCCCCCUUGGUUCCCAGAUAAGACAUCUCCAAAUAUCACACUCCGGAUUACGAGAGAUUGAUGAAGACGCGUUCGAUCGCUUGGGAACAACCCUGCAAUCUCUGGGUAUAGUCUCCAGCCAACUGCAAACUGUUCCACAGAAGGCAUUGACCCCUCUGACGGGCCUAACUAGUCUCGAUCUCGAGGCGAAUCAAAUUCGUGAGCUUUCUAGGAACAGUUUCUUCGGUUUAUCCUUGAUAAAGUUAAAUCUCAAAGGAAAUGAAAUCGGUAAAAUAUCGGAGGAGGCUUUUGCGGGGCUGGAGACCAGUCUCACUGACUUGGACUUAUCAGAAAACAAAAUCAGAAUUUUCCCAAUGACAUCGUUACGACGGCUCGAGAAUCUAUUAUCCCUCAGACUAGCCUGGAAUGGUGUAUCUCACUUACCUGAGGAUGGCUACUCUCGGUUGGAUACCGUAAACUAUCUCGAUUUGAGUAGCAAUAACUUCGAAGUCAUUCCCCUAAACUGCUUCCGUUGCUGCCCAGUGCUUAGAACCCUCUCACUAUCUCAUAAUUCUGCCAACUCUGUCGAUAAAGACGCGUUUAUAUCAUUGAGCCAUCUAGAAUCCAUUGACCUCAGUCACAACAAGAUCAUCUUCCUGGAUGUUGCAACUUUUCGUGCCAAUCCCAAACUGAAGUCCAUUGACCUAAGUCACAAUCACCUUCAUUACAUCAGAGGAAUCUUCGCUCGAUUACCCGAACUCAAGGAGCUCUUUCUCGCCGACAACAACAUCCUGGAGAUACCCGCGGAAGCAUUCUCGGAGUCCGUGAGCCUCUCUGUUCUCUAUCUCCAGCAGAAUGCCAUCAGACGAAUCGAUUCUAGAGGGCUGGCUACCCUCGGUCAAUUGGCACAACUCCACCUGAGUGACAACUUCAUUGAAAAAGUCCCUCGUGGCUUUCUCGAUCACUGUGAUAACUUAUCAACACUGUCACUCGACGGCAACAGAAUACGUGACUUGGAAGUUGGCACUUUCUCGAAGUCGAAGCUGCUCCGAGAGCUUAGACUUCAAGAUAAUCAGAUUACUGAGGUUCGACGUGGCGUGUUCGCACCUCUGCCAACUCUCCUUGAGCUGCAUCUUCAGAAUAAUGCAAUCACCGAUAUGGAAACAGGUGCAUUGAAAUCUCUUCACAACCUUCAACACAUCAAUCUCCAAGGAAACCUGUUAGCUGUGCUCGGUGAUGUGUUCCAAAUAUCCGCUGAUUCUACUGGUUCACUAGUAUCGAUUCAGCUAGACAGUAACGGUCUCGGAGUUCUGCAUAAUGACUCAUUACGAGGACAAACAUCAGUGCGGAUUAUGUGGCUAGGGCACAACAGAAUGACACGUCUUCAGGCUCCCCUAUUCCGGGAUCUUGUAGUUGUUGAACGACUGUAUUUAACCAACAACUCAAUCUCAAGAAUUGAAGAUACAGCAUUCCAACCCAUGCAGGCAUUAAAAUUCUUGGAGCUCAGUAUGAAUAGGUUGAGUCACGUCACUGGUAAGACUUUCUCCGAGUUACACGAUCUAGAGGAGUUGUACCUGCAGGACAACAUCUUGAAGAAGCUAGAUCCAUACGCCUUGACAGCCCUAAAGCGUCUACGGAUUCUGAAUCUUGCUAAUAACUACCUGACUGUCUUACAUAACAAGAUGUUUCAGGAGAGCUUAUCGAUACGAACAUUGAAUCUCAAGAAUUGUACGAUCACUGUCAUCGAAGCAGGUGCAUUCAAAGGCCUCACCAACCUCUACGAGCUUAAUCUGGAAGAUAAUCAUCUGACAGCCCUUGCUCUGGAUCAUCUUGAUAUUCCAGGGUUGCGAAUACUCAAGAUAUCGAAUAACGACUUCAGUGAGAUUGAUGGCGAGUCACUCAAUGGUUUGGCUUCUCUUCAACAAUUAUCCAUUGAGCGUUCGCAAAUACUUCGUCUACCAUUCGACACAUUCUCCAAUAACAAACAUCUUGGGAAAAUUCUGCUGAGUAACAAUCAACUUCGUUCACUACCUGGCUCACUCUUCUCCGGUCUCGACUCCCUUCGCGAACUCAAGUUAGAUGGUAAUAGUUUCCAGGAAAUGCCAUACGAAGUCUUUAUAAACUCCACGACAAUAGAAUUUCUGUCACUGUCGAAUAAUGUAAUCCUGCAUAUUGACACAUCGAGACUUAAUGGAUUAAGAAACUUGCGCGAGUUGGACCUCAGCAACAAUUACAUAAUGUCCGUAUCAGGUUUCUCCGAUGCCAAUUUCUCGAGAUUGAUAUCCAUUGAUCUCAGUUACAAUCAUCUCACUGCCUUGCCAGCCAAUUUCUUUAUGAAUGCCAAUCAACUGCGUAAAGUUGACUUAUCAGGUAAUAAAUUUCGUCAGUUACCCGCUGUUGCUCUGUCAGCGCGAAAUAUGCCGAAUCUCGGUUGGCUCAAUAUUACGGGGAAUCCCCUGACCAGAAUACACGAAUUCAGCUUAGAUGGUAAGUAUCCAUCACUCGAAGAGAUCCAUAUAUCAAGAACCAAUUUGACAAUGGUCACGAGGCAAGAUUUCGAAGCAUUUCCAUCGCUCCUCCAUCUAUUCGUGACUAACAAUUUGAUAUCACGAGUAUCGCCAAGUACAUUUCAAAGUUGUCCAAAACUAUUGACCCUGGAUUUAAGUGCAAAUGACCUAGAGCUGUUGCCCGAGGAGAGGCUCAAGGGUCUUCAACACCUGAAACUUUUAAAUUUGACACGUAAUCAUCUCAAGACGCUCGAGGAUUUCCCGGAGGACUUGAAGGCACUUCGAGUACUCGACUUGUCGUAUAAUCAAAUUCAAUCGAUAGGGGAGAAUACAUUCAAUCACCUCGAUAAUUUGGUGGAAUUAUAUUUGUAUGGAAAUUGGAUAUCGACAGUAUCGACAGGCACUUUCAAGAGCCUUAAGAAACUACGUGUCUUGGAUGUGAGGGGUAAUUCCCUCGAGAAUUUACCUCUGAAUGCGUUUCAACCCCUUGAGACACAGAUAAGGAGUCUACGUGUUGAGGAGAAUCCACUGCGCUGCGGUUGCGAGGCACAGGAGCUGUGGGAGUGGCUGCGCGAUCACCAGAAACUCAUCAGAGGGAGCAGAGAGCAUGAUAAAGAGGAUGGAAUGGGGAUGAGCGAUGGUGAGGAUGGAUUGCUCAGGUGUGAGCAGCCGACUGAACUGCGCGGCCUUGUGUUUCUUGACCUAGACCCACAUGCUUUCUGUUCCGAGCCUUUGCUGGUCAAUAUUGUGGUGCAGGAUGUGAAGGAUUCUUCGGUUGUUGUUCUGUGGCAGAGUCGAAAUCAUAGCGGCGUGCAUGGCUACCAGGUUGCUUAUCGCGAUGUUGGUAAAGUUGAUGAGAUCCAUGCAAUGAUGUUGACACCAACGUCUCGCUCCGCUAAACUAGAAAAAUUGUCUUCCAACACGGAGUACUUAGUCUGCGUCCUGGGUCUUGGCAACUGGUUAACCCAGGCCGAUGGAAAAACUCCCCUAGGACAAUUCAACUCGAGUCAAGACGAUCUACUCGACCCCUCAUCACUCCCAGAAAUGGUGGAUUCCUCGACAAGUCGUUGUACAAAGAUACCAAUACACCCGUGUUCUAUACUCGUAAAUGUGAAGUGUUUCUCUGCCCACGAACUUAAUUGAAUUCGAAACUAAGUUGGGAUGAUGUAGUGGGGGUUUCGGAUUACAAUGGAUAUGUUUGAAGAAUUGAACAAUCAGUACCUUCCAAUCACGUACAUGCACACGUGAGCAGAAUUUGCAUAAUAGCUGUGGAAUUACUGACCCACUCGUUACCAACCAUUGACUUUGCUCCAAAAUACGUGUUAUCUGGGGUAAAUUGGAUUCACUAGGUGUGACAAAGGUGAUAAUUAUAUCUGCAGUCGUGGGCAUUAAUGGGGAUUCAUUAGUCGACGCUUUGAUCUGGUAGUUAUGAAUAUGAACGAACAGAUGUUUUUUGUCAAUGACUAUUUGGAGAUGGAUGGGACAACUCUGAAGUCAUGGUGAAGUCAAACGAAGUCAUUUACUCAUGAUGAAUAUAAUCGACUUGAGUUGUUGAAGAUAAUGAUGAAAAAUAUACGUGUCAAAUGUCUUAAAAGAGCAGCAGAAUCUUUGACCUCAAGAUGUCUGGCUCAAUGCUACAGUACCAUCUCAUUCCCAAAUGUAUUGGCUAAUGGAACGAAAUUUCUUCAUAAUUAAUAUGCCAUUUAGCUGCAUUACUUGCUGAGAUAUUAAAUUACAUUUCUCACCUGUCAUAUGCUCCUCAUGCGUUGAAACCGAAAUUCAUUAUUCAGCAAUAAAUGGAAUUACGAUGAGAGUCUAUUACCCUCGGUCCUAUUUAUUGUCUGAACACGUAUAGAAAUGGCCAAUGAGAUAAUUUAUCGAUAACGGAGAAGAGCAAAGAUCCAAGGGAAACUGGAAGAAGUGCAUCUGGAGGCAGCAACAGGAAAUGAGACUGAGACUUAACUACGAGGUUGUGUAUCCAUUAGAGAGAAUAAAUGGGGGUGCAAUUCUAUCCGAGAAGAGAGUAACACACGUAAUUCCUUGAUGCCGAUACACGGAAUUUUAUAGAAUCUGGUUCGAUGCAAUUUUCCUUAUAUUUAUGUUCAAGUUCAAUCAAAAAAUCUUGGGAUUAAAUAAAUCUCAAGAAUUGUAUGUCGACUGACGAAAAAAAACAACCGAAAUGGAACAAUAACUCCGUAGAAUUGCCCAGGAACUACUCGAAAACCGAAUAAAAAAACGAUUUGAAUUAGGUUUCUUCAGCUGUUGGUUUCAAUCCUCAAAACGAAUAGAAAGCCAAUAGAAUUUUCUAGUGUAGCCGCCGGUCUGGGUAUCGUAUGAGAGGAAGCAUUUAUUGAAUCAGACGACAGGAUAACCGUAAGAGAAACUGAAAAUAUCGAUGACUAAAGGAUCAGCCAAUGUCUGGUGCCUCUACCAACGCUCAGUUUCAUAAAUUUUUUUAGCAAUUAUGUAUCUUAUACUUUGCCAACAAUUUUUCAAAAAACCUACCACCUUCGUGUUACUCCAGAGCUACAUGAUCCUCCAGGAUAUACCGAGAGAAAGGCAGGGAUAAAAGUAAGAAAAGCCUUGGGGUGGAAAAUUACAGAGAUCCAGAGAGAAGUACGGUUUGAGAUACAACGGGAGCGUAACGGCUUGCGGGUCGAUGGAAACCAUUGAAACAAGCAUACGGGAAGGAACAAUAGACCUAUGAAAUAUGCAUUGCCGUAUUGUAUCCGUUACUUGGAGUCUACGACGCGAGAUAAGGGGUGUCAGGAUUACAGAGACUGGCAAAUGUUAUAAUAAGCGGAAUACCGAGGUCUCUCUGAAUCCGCCCGAAAUGGAAAAUGAAAAUAGAAAGGGGAGUCCUCUCCGUGCUCCUUUCUCUACAGUUUAUUGUAACGAUGACUUAUCCUAUGAAUCACCGGUUCCAUUGCUCUUUAACUGUUAUUCUUCUCGUCUAUUUAUUUCAGCUACAGUUGAUUUCAAUUUAUUCCGAUAAAUGAAAAGAAUGAAAAGCAAAAUUUGCGUUAAACAAUAAUCCAAUGACCGCCGGAUAUCUUUUGAAGUCAGUGCUAUUUGUAUUUUUUAUUUUCAUAUUUUCUCAUUUGAACAUCGAUAUCAUUGAGCAAAUAAUAAGGUGGAAAUUGAAUCGAUCUCUUCAGCUUGGACUUAUAAUUUAUCUGCAACAUUGAUCAGCGCACGAGUUCUAUCUACAGAAAUAAGAAUCAUGAAUAAAAUCGACUACAGUGACAUCCCCCAUUUUCUUAACAAAUUCCCGAGGAUCUCAGCCCCACUGCGGCACUAUUACUCCUCGGAGGCUGUCUGAGAAUAACGACCUCUCACUACUGCGCUACCUCUACAAUUGCAUGCAUAUAAAAUAAACGCCAACGAUGAUGCAUUAACCCAAAAGUAUCGAAUUAUCCGAUUUAUGUCAUCGUCAAACGAGCAUCUGCAGCAUUAUUCAUAGUUCUACCUAUCUUCACUCCUGCGAUAAUCUCGGGGCAAAAUUUUUUCCUCACAAUUAAAUUAAGUUAAACCAACAAAUGAUCUCUUCAAGGGGAAAUAUAAAUUUUUCAUUGAAUAUUUUUUUUCUGUAACUCCCAUAUGAAUCGUAAGAAUAUAUCGUAGACGGUCUGCCUCUAGGGCACCUGGAAUAAUCAUUCAUUAUAUGUUUAUGCCUAAUUAAAUAAAGUUGUGCACUAUUUCACAUUAUCAGUUCAAGGAUGAAAUUACCGCAGUGUAAAAGUCGCGCUCAUGAAACGAAUGUGAAUAUUCUGCAUCAUUUGAUAUACGAUAGGUGAAAAAAAAAUCACCAUGAAGUGUAAUGCGUAUGCACACUAGGGGUUUAUGCCUCAUGAAAAAUCUCCGGCUGAG